CUAACCCUAUUAUUGGCGCGCUCUUCCUCUUCUUCCACCGGGGGAAGAAAGACGGUCAUGAAUCUCUUCAGGAAGAAAACCGAUCCGAAAGAUGCUCUUCGAGCCAGCAAACGCGAGAUGGGAGUUGCGACUAGAGGAAUCGAGAGAGAAAUAAUGACUCUACAAUCAGAGGAGAAGAGACUGCUUGCCGAGAUUAAGAAAACAGCCAAGACUGGUAACAAGAGCGCAACGACGAUCUUGGCAAGGCAAUUGAUCAGAUUGCGGCAGCAAAUUGGAAAGCUCCAGGGCAGUCGAGCUCAAGUGCGAGGUGUGGCAACCCAUACCCAGGCGAUGUAUGCGAAUACGUCUGUUGCUGGUGCUAUGAAAGGAGCCACUAAGGCAAUGGGCGCAAUGAACAAACAAAUGCAACCUCAGCAACAAGUUAAAACCAUGCAGGAGUUUCAGAAACAAUCCACACAAAUGGAUUUGACAUCUGAGAUGCUGGCCGAUGCUAUCGAUGGCGCUUUGGACGACGAAGAGGCCGAGGACGAAACUGAGGAGCUCACAAACCAAGUUCUAGACGAAAUUGGUAUUGAUAUCGCUGCCAAGUUGACAGCACCUCCCAAAGGAAGAAUUGCAGGAAAAUCGGGAGCUGAAGAAAUCAAAAGUUCUGAAAUGGAUAACUUGGAGGACCGAUUAGCAGCUCUUCGCAAUACUUAAUUGCCGUUACAUUUAACAAGAAUAAAAUCCCUUUAGGAAAUCAAAACAUGCCACGUGGCAAUAUUUGAUAAGUCGAAUAGUGUCACUUCCUCAAGAUUAA